UGGCCGAGAAAAUCCUCUGUUUGCAGUGUGGGUUCCUCGCCAUAGGUAAAUGUAAUACACAAAGACAGCUCCAAGAGUUCGGUGUUGUAGCCCAUUCUGUUGGGUGUGUGUAUUAGAUAAUGACAUCAACCACAUAACGAGAUUGCAACCAAAUGUUUAAGGAGUAGUAAUUUAACGUCUGAGUUAUUGGCCUGACCUCCUCACAGGACGAAUCGGAGUCCGGAGCACACCACGCCACAGCCUCUCAUCCCUGAUAUGGAGCUGAGGGAGGAGUGGCAGGAUGAGGAGUUCCCCAGGCCGCUCCCUGAAGAUACACCCAACCAGGAGGAUGAGCUGGAGAGUGCCAUUGCCAAUGGAAACAGACCCGCUCCCCCCAACAGCCUGGCGCUGUCGGGGAACUCUGUCAGGAAGAAGCGACUGGUGGCACCGACGCUCAGCCUCACGCUGGACAAGCCUGACUCCCUGGACCGCAGCGUCAAGUCCGACGAGUUCUCCACGGCUGCCCUGUCGCCCUCCACGGACGACCCAGACCUGGACAUCAACCUGGACGCCAUGGAGACGCCGUCGGACAGCGAGUCCUGCAACUUCCCUGGCAGCAUGCAUGACCUGGAGUGGGAAGAUGACUUGCCCAGGAUGGGGCUGGAGGAUGAGGCCAGGGCUUGCUCUCCGGCCAUGGCCAACCUGGAGCUGGACCAGGUGGACAGCCGAGGCCGGCGCUGGCGUCGCUUCUGCAUCUCGGGCCAGGACUACCACGUCAACAUGAGCGUCCUGGAGCCUUACCUGCAGGUGCUCUCCCACGGAGGUUACUAUGGAGAAGGAAUGACUGCCAUCGUCUUGUUUUCAUCCUGUUACCUGCCAGAGAACACCAUGGAGAAUUAUGAAUAUGUUAUGGACAAUCUAUUUAAGUAUAUAGUGGGGACGCUAGAUCUUAUGGUGUCCGAAAACUACGUCAUGGUCUACCUCUGUGGAAUGGCACCCAGGAACAAAAUGCCCGCCAUCAAAUGGCUCCGGCAGUGUUACAACUCCAUAGACAGGAGGUUGAGGAAAGACCUGAAGGGUUUGUUUGUGGUACACCCAGUGUGGUAUGUGAAGGCCCUAAUCACACUCAUCAAGCCCUUUAUCAGUGAGAAGUUUAGCCGGAAGGUGAAAUUCAUCCACAGUCUUCAAGAGCUGUCAGAGUUCAUCCCCAUGGAGCACCUGCAGAUCCCAGACUGCAUCCGAGAAUAUGACGCCACACUGACCGUCUGAGGCGGCCGUGGGUUGGUUUGUAAAUACGGCGAUAAUGGUCUGAUAAGGGUAAAGGUGAAGGCUUGGCCCGCACUCGAGACUCCGAGGAAGAAGCGCCUCCAGUGGUCAGCAACUCCUCGAGGCGUUCACCUCUCAUGGACGCGUUCAACCAUCGUCAGAGGCCACUGUCAUGUUCCUGCACAUCACAUCCUUUAUGGAGCAGUGAAGACACUUUUUAAAGCUAUUAACUUUGAAGGAACGCACUCAACCAAGAGCAUAUUUAUAUUUGAAUGGGAAUGUAAGCCCAUACAACAAGGGGCUUAGAUAAUUUAUUUGACAACACUUGUUUUGAAAACAAAAGAAAGUAAAAACAAGUUACCUUUUGAACCUCUACAAUACACUAUUUCUCUUCCUUUCCUGAUUGCACAACACCUGCCUGAGCUGAGCGAGUGAGGACUGAUUAGAAUAAGUGUGCAACUCGAGCACUGUUGCAUAACAGCCGUGAUUUAUGAGCGUGUAAUCACGGUUUCAUUGAAAGGGGGGCACAUCUAAUCUCGCUGAGUGAGUUCAGCGAAACAUUUAUUAGCCACAAUCAAAUGAAUCUGGCAGCAUAUGGUUCCUGUUGAAGUGAAAACCCCCAUAGUUUCAUUACAACUUUAUCACAACAGGUUUCAUGUGUUACAAGCUAAGCCACUUUAAUGCAAAAUUGCGUUUUGGGGAGAAAGUUAAUGGUCAAGGUUUUUACAGCCAGUGAGUCAUGUUUUAAACAAUGGACCGAGGAUUUUUUACAAGACCUAUUUUAUUUUCAUUUUGUAAGUCGAUUCCCUCUGCAUUCUCUAUUUUAAUGUUGUUAGGUGCACAGUUUUUCCUUCCUUUUUUCUCCCCUCAGAUGUAUGGCAUUUAAUAGCCUUACCUCAGAGCAAAUAUUUAUACAAGGGAACAUUUGGACAGCCUGUACUUUCCAGCGUCCAGGACUGUUACAAGCGGUUAUGCAGCAAUGGACUUUCAGACUGUUUCAGAUAGAUUUCAAAGAUGAGAAUGCAAGUGGAUAUGGUCUUUUCUGCUGCUGCAGUAAUGUCUAAUUAGUUGUGAGAAUUGUAAUGUAAGAACUGGAGGUAGGGAGCACUGUUGAAAGUCUAUUGAAGCAGUGUGAACUUUGAGGAAAUGGGCUUUGGCGGGAGGGGGAAGUGAGGUAACGGCGCGGUGUGCAUUUUAGUUAUAAACAGGAACCAAGUUGUGCUGGCUGGGAAGGUUAAAUAAUAAUUUCCUGUUUGAACAUUUUUCCUCUCACUGUGAUUCUCAUAUUGGGAGUCAGGAGAAGUCUGCGAAAUGUUUUAAUUGUUUAUUUAACAGAAGUGUAAAUAGUGAACUAUAAAAAAUAAAAAUAUAAAUAUGACUUUUUACCUUCUAUCUAACUUAUUAUUAAUUCUCCUUAGAGAGUCCUGGUUUGUAUGCAGUAUAUUAUGGUCAUUGUGUUUGUGUUCAAUUAUACUCAGUCUAUGUUACUUUAUUUGGAACUGUUUGUUUUAAUGUAAUGUUUGGCAAUGUCAUUAGAAAAAAGCAUCUGCUAAGAUCUAUAAAUAUGAAAUAAUAAUUUUAAAUUUACUUUUAUAAAAAUGCAUUUAGGGGUGCAAGCUGGUAAGCUAUGGGAACCCUAAUGUUUUUGUUCUUAAUAUUAUUUUAGUAUUAUAUAUUAGAGUUUGUACUGCAAAAGCUGUAUGUCCCAGACAUUAAACUCGGUUCCCAAUUUCCCUCAGUCCCCAACGCUUAAGGUACUGCAUCCAUAGGUGGUGCUGUAAUGAUCAAUUUAGCAGUUUUGGCUCAUGUUUCAAGCAUGUGAACUAGCCCAAACAUUUCUUUGCCAUACUAAAUUCUGAAGUGGAAGAAUUUAGAAUUUUAGGAAGUGAAAUUCCUACACUCAUUCCCGUCUUAGGCCGCUUGUCCAUUCAGUAUACAUCAUCUGCAUUCAGUACUAAAAAAAUGUGAAGAAAGUAGCCAAUAUUUCAGGAUGUAAUUGUCAUCAUUUGCAUAAUCAUUAACAUUCUUUGGAUGUGUAACAUUUUGUCAAUUUUCAUUCAUAUAAAAACAGACCACAUUUGCUUGGACCCUUAUGGCUGCUUGCUUCUCAAAAUGAUUGUGUUUGAUCAAAGAAUAUAUGCAAGAUUAGGCAAACUCCCUGCAAAUAUUCCUGGAUUUUUCUGAACUCGGUGUUAGACACUUGGGGCAACAUUGAGGUGUACUAGCCGAAUGCUUGUUACCUCAUAUUGUGGUCUCUAAAGGAUUCCCAUGUGUAUGCUCGCUCCAUGUGAGGCCGUUUGUUUGGCAGUGACUCACUACAUUGUUAAAGAGCGGAAAGCCAUUUUUUUCUGUCUCUCAAGGCUCAGAGGGGAAAACUCUUGGCAUCAUCUGCUAGCAGACUAAAGAUCCAUGAUUUGCCUUUUGUCUUCUUAAUUUCUGGUCUUCUGGGGUGUUUGUAUAAGGACUUUGUCUGGAUCUGCCAGAUCUCAAAUUGUAAAUAAAAAUAUUGCCAUAAGACUGCUGA